GCAGAAAACAGACUGAGCAGAAAACUAGUCACAUGGGGCAGAAAAAAAGUGAUAUUCUUCUCUAGAAGAAAGCUGGAAGAGGCUCAAGUAGGGGUGUUGUGUUGUGGGUUGUCUCCUGAAAUCUCGGCCGGGUUUUGUGCCUCAGCCUUAGCUUGGAUGCACCUCAACCCCUCGGAGAGAAAUGAGUGGGCACGCAGAGGUUAAAGUGAAAAUACCUUUUGGAAACAAACAACUUGAUGCUAUCUUUAAUGUCCCAAGGAAGAAAUUAAGAUAUGGAGUGAUUCUUACACAUGGAGCUGGAGGAGAUAUGAAUUUUCCUCAGUUAGUUUCUUUGUCAGCCUACCUUGCAUCGCAGGGAAUUCUGUGCCUGCGGUUUACUUGUAAAGGCCUUAACAUUGCUUAUAGGACGAAAGCUUACAAAACAGUUGUGGAAUACUUGAAGCUUUCUGAUGAUUAUAAGCUUUCAGGUGUCUUCCUUGCAGGCCGUUCCAUGGGCUCACGAGCUGCUGCCUCUGUGAUACGUCAGCUUAGCCAGGAUGGUGAUAAAGAUGACUUCAUUCAGGGUCUGAUAUGCUUAUCGUACCCUUUGCAUCGACCAAAACUGCAGUCCAAGCUCCGGGAUGAAGAUUUAUUAUUUAUCAGGUGCCCGGUGCUGUUUGUCUCAGGAUCAGCAGAUGAGAUGUGUGAAAAACGACUGUUAGAAGGCGUGGCGAGCAAAAUGAAAGCCCCUAAAAGAAUCCAUUGGAUUGAUAAGGCAAACCAUGGGAUGGCAGUUAAAGGCCGAACAGAAGAUGAUGUCAUGGAAGAAAUAAAUGUACAGGUUUUUUCUUGGCUUAGAGAGAAUAUUGAAAUGGAGCACAAAUGACUUGCAGUGGUUAAGUAGUAUCUUCAGUUGGCUUCCCCUAAAAGCAGCACAUCAGCUGAAGGUGUGUUACUGAAAGCAAGUGGCUUUCCAAGGUCUAAAGUAUAAAUGUUUUUUUAUGAGUGUAAAAAAUAUCUAAGACAAUAAAGAACAUAUUAAAGGAAAGAUGGAAAAUCUAUCAAAUUAGUCUGGACAGUUUUAGUAACUCCAUUUGGAAAGUAUGUAAUAUUUAAUGUUCUGCAUUACCAAGUAAAUAUUGUUGUUGUCUCUUAAAUCUUCAAA